AUGGCCAAGGCUGCGAAGUUGAUAGAGGCGCAGAGGGACCGACCGCCUGAACCGAUCUCGCGGGAGAGGAUCCGACCGCGCCCCAGGCCGUUGGGGGAAAAAGACUUAAGCAGCUUUGAGCCGCGGCCGCCGCUUGUAGACCCUGUAAAAGAAAAGGCCAGAGAGGCGGUGGCGGCUAUGAAGAAAAAGAAGGAGAAGAAGAAGAGGGGAGCCCUAGAGGAGGCUGCAGAGGAGUCUGGGGCCAAGAGGGUGAAGGUGGCCCCAACGGAUGCGGAGGUCCCUGCGGCAAAGGACGCCCCAGAGGUGGUGGAGAUCAUCCCAACAGUGGAGGUUGUGGAGAUGGCUCCACCAGUACAAGUGGAGGCUGGGCUGGGUGAGGCGGCGCCGAGCGGGAGGGAACAGGUCCAGAGGAGGCCUGACCCCCAGGAAGGAGGGGUUCGUGUGGCUAUGGCGAUUUAUCAUGUGCGCGCGGUAGCUGGAAAGUUGGAGGGAGAAGAAGGUCCAGCCAGGGUGGGAGCCGACCGCCUGGUGAAGAUUGUGGAUGAGGGAGCUCUGCGCGCGGCAUCUGGAAAUGAAGAGUUGGUCAGGCAAAAGGAUGAAGCGGACUCCAGAAUUGGAGACCUGUUGAAGGAGCUGGGGGAGGAGCGCGCUAGAGCAGAGGAGGACAAGGGGAGGCUUCGGAGGGAAUGGAAGAUGGAGAAAGCGAAGGUGGCGGCGGAGCUGGAGAGUCUGAGGAAGAGGAUGGAAGAGGAGAGGGCGACGGCGGCUGCUGAAAGGGGGGCCCUGCAAAGGGAGCUGGACGAGGAGAGGGCGAAGGCGGCGUCUGAAAAGGCGGCCUACCCUGAUCUAUGCGUCGCGGCAGUGGAGCAAUAUAAAGGGUCCCUCGAAUUCCAGAUGGUGGUGGAUGCUGCCGUCGCCAGGAGUCUGGCUGGUCAAGAGCCUGGGGGGGUGGGCCCAUCAAGGAAGAUUGCUGGGGGUAGGACGGAAUCAGAGCGUAAAGCUGAGGAGCUGUUCCCAAACUUGGACCUGAGUAGUGUGACAAUAGGCGAGGAUGAUGUGGCCCAGACCCCCCUGGACGAAGGCGUUGAAGAAGAGGAUCUAGCAUCCAGCGAGGAAGAGUAG